UGGGAUUUCCAUGGCAUGGCCCCAGGCUUCUGCAGGCAAGCCAGCACUUCUGUGAUUAUUGAUCUCCACUGGAGAGCCAAGGAAUGAAAUCACAGGCUUCUAUCAGUGUGUCAUAGCAGCUCUCUCAGUCCCUUGGAUAUGCAUUUCUUCUGUGGAUUUGUCCUUUAAAUUCUCCCCUCUCAGGACCUCCUGCGCAGCGACAGUGAUGUGGUUCUUGGAAAAGUUCAAAGUGUCGCAUGAAAAUGGAAACCUCCCCAGCUCUUCCUUCCUGGGACUGCCACAAGGCCGAAAUCUGCCAGAAAAAGCCCGACUGAGGGCUGCUGCUUUUCCAAAUGUGAUCACUCCUGACAGAAUCCCUGAAUUCUGUAUUCCCCCCCGGCUGACCAGCUCUGGCUCCAUUAAAAGCAGUGGCUUCCACCAGGAUCACAGUUCAGUGGAUGCAGCUCUUACUUCUGAUUAUAGCCCUUUCCCACAUCUCAUUCAGGUGGAAAGUGUUGAAGAGGAGAUUGCAGCUCCGGAGGAAGAAAGCACCAAUGCAGACCCACAGUCCCAGGCAGCGCUCUCCCUGCCCCACUUUCCCAGAGCCCCCACUUCCUAUGGCUUCUGCACUUUGCUGGAGAGUCCCCACACCAGGAGAAAGGAGUCUAUCUUCCACGGUGAUCCACGCGGUGCUCUACCCAGCCUGAAGCUGUCUCGAUCCAGGGCUAACACCUUCAGUGGCAAGGGGAGUAUGUCUAAUCCCAUUGCUAUCAGCUUUUCUUCUGUGAGACUGCCACCCAAGCAUCUCUCUCUGCACAGGCAAGGCGCCUGUGACAGUGACACUGCCUCUUCCAGUGAUUCUUCACCUUUCAGUUCUCCCCUUCUCAGCAGGUCACCGCCCAGACCCUGCUCCCUGAUCAAAGCACAGAGUCAGGAGGGAUUGCUCUGCAGAGCACUGGAAGACAAGAGCAAAUGCAGAAUGCCCAGGAACAAUUCUCUCUCUACAGAGGAGAGCAGCUCCACUGAUAACAGCCCCAGUGCCACCAGGAGGGCCUCCGAGGGGCUGCUCAGCAUACGGAGCUUUAGCAGGUCCUGUUCUCCCAUGUUUCCAGUGGACCUGACUUGUAGUCGUGACAGACUGGUGGGAGACAGUACUGUGGUGAUGGACAAGGGAGGUGUGUUAAGGCUGUCAGCUGAAUACUGCUCAGAGAAUGAAAGGCUGCGGAUCCGCCUGAUCAGUGCAGAGGGUUUAUAUGAUGAUUCUGUAGAGCCCAAAAACAUAAACUGCUGUAUCUCCUUCUCCCUGGUGCCAGGGAAAACUCAGAAGCAGAGAAGCACAGUUAUAAAGAGAAGCAGAAAUCCCAUCUUCAAUGAGGACUUCUUUUUUGAUGGCAUUGCAGAAGAAGAGCUGUACAGCCUCUCUGUCAGGAUGAAAGCAACAAAUAAAGGGUGCAGUAUGAAACGGGAUUAUACCUUAGGAGAACGGGAAUUGUCUUUAUUGAGUAUGUUGUCAGUGUAG